AUGUCCCCUCUCGCCGCCCGGGCAGCGCGCAGCUCCAUGCGGGAUCGGUCCAUCAGAGUGCUCGUGUCCCCGGCGCCCUCGACCUUUGCCGAGCGGCGCUCCGUCCUUCAGGUGCUCGAGCAGUAUGGCCGCGUCGACUUGUUUCGCAUGGAACCGGGCUUUCACUCCAACUUUGUGUCCGUCACCAAAGACGCGGCCACGGCGACCAGGCUCGUCGGCGGCAGCCCCCUCACGUACAGGUUGCCGCCGCCUCGCGCGAGAGUCGAUGUCAGCACCGCGGGCCUCGAGGGCGCCGGCGCGAGCUUUCAUGCGAACCAGCCUGCCGUAAUGGGCGGGCACGCGGGCGCCGCCGACCCGCCCGCCUCGACCGAUGCCGACGCUGCUGCCGACGCCAAAGAGUUCAGGCUCGACAUCUUCCCCGCGACCGACUACAACCACGCGUACGCCAUGUCGGGGUCUCCGCUCCAUCAUACGUGGCCGGAGGCCUACGCAACAGACCGGUCCUUCGUGGCGGCGACGCUGAAGCAGGCCCUUCCAAAGACGCUGGCGGCCGAGGGUCUGUCUCACUGGCUGCCGCACACUGGGCGCAGUCCCAAAAUGGAUCCCAAGGCGAAACGGCUCCAGCUGAAGAGCUGGCUGCCGAGUAAGAUGGUGAAGGUCUGA